AUGUCUUCUGGUGAACGCCCUCUUUUUUCUUUACGCCCAGGUUUUGUUUUUCGUUUUUCUUUUUUUUUUUAUAUGUCGAUUUGCGCGCUUAUUCUAAUUUCUGCAUUCUUUUUGGCUUUGAUUAAUUCUUUUUAUUAUUUUUUGUUUUGUUUCUUUGGUUGUAUUCCGGUAUUCCAUUUUUUUAUUUUUUAUUUUUCUCUAUAUUUCUUUCAUUCUUUUCAUUAUUACAUUCUUUUUGUCUUUCGUUUCACUCAUUUUUCUUUUCUUUUUGUUUCUCGUCAUUGUUUCUCUCCUUCUUUGUCCCUCUCUUCCUUAGUUUCUUGUUUAUUUUAUUUAAUUCUUUCUUCUUUAUUUCUUUCAUUCUUUUACCUUGUCUGUGCAUUUAUUUAUUUACCCCUGAAAGACAAAAAGAAAAGAAGUAUUUCUUUUAUUUUCUUCUUUGAUAUUUAUGUUAUGACUUUGCCUUUCUUUCAUCCGCUAUUUCAUUAUAUUUUUCUUUCAUUCCUUCUGUUCCUCCUCCCAUCAUUUUAUUUAUAG